AACAAGUCGUUCUGCGCCACUUUCAGUCGUCAUAUGCAGUAGUGCAACCUGUUAGCUUUUAUAAGAAUUCGUACUCGGUCAGAUAUGAAUUUAAAUGUGCGUCCCCUCCUUUCUUGUCCCACAGUCCGUCUGUCCAACGGUCUUCACAUCCCGAUACUCGGGCUGGGCACGUCACACCAUGGCGGUUACUCGCACAGGGCUGUGGUGUAUGCGCUACGGGACUGCGGCCUACGCCAUGUGGACACGGCCAAGCGGUACGGGUGCGAGGAGCAGCUGGGUGUGAGUGUGAAGGAGAGCGGAGUGCCCCGCCACGACCUGUGGCUCACCAGCAAGCUCUGGCCAGGAGACUACGGCUACAGCAAUGCCAAACGGGCCUGUGCCGACUCGUGCAGGCGCCUUGGAGUGGACUACCUCGAUCUGUACCUGAUGCACUGGCCAGACUGCAGCAUCACGGGGCGGACCAAUCGGGAGGUACGGGCUGAGACUUGGGAAGCGUUGGAGGAGCUCUAUGAUGAAGGAGUGUGCCGUGCAAUUGGUGUGAGUAACUUUCAAAUCGCUCAUCUCCAAGAGCUGAAGGAAGACUGCCGUAUAGUGCCUCAUGUCAAUCAGGUUGAGUUCCACCCCUUCCAGCAGCCCUGGGCUCUCAUGGAGUACUGUCACCAGGAAGGCAUUGUUUUUGAGGGCUACUGCCCGCUGGCCAAAGGGGAAGCACUCUCACACCCUGUUGUGCACCAGCUGGCAGACAAGUAUAAUCGCACCCCUGCACAGAUCUGCAUCCGAUGGAGUAUACAGAAUGGAGUUGUCACAAUUCCAAAGUCCACUAAGGAAGAAAAGAUCUUAGAAAAUUGUCAGGUCUUUGGGUUCUCGCUGGAUGAGGAAGACAUGGACUAUAUCCAGAGCCUCCACUGUCACAAGAAGCUGAUCCACCUCACUUACCCCCUUUGGAAUGGAUAGCAAUAGAUCGCAAACCCAUGUCCAGGACUGUAGACAUUGGGAAUGCUUAUGAAACAAGACACAGACACCUUUUCUGAUGAUGGAUGAUGCCUUUUAUCAUUUUCAAAAUGCUGGACGAUUUAAAUGAACACCAAUUUUUAAUAUAAAUGAAUAUUCCUGUAUUUAAAUGCAACUA